CAGGGAUUGAAAUUUACAUGGCCGGAGAUGAACCAGGAAUUAGAGUCACGGACAGGGCAAGGAUGCAAUCCUGGGAGAAGCCAGCCCCAGCUCCCGGGGGCGUUGAGGGGUGUGGUGAGGCUUCUCCUGCCAUCCUCUUCCCCUGCCCAGCCUGGCAUCAGCACAGUCUACACACAGCUCGCCUUGUACCUGAGAAGCCUCUGGACCACAGGGAAGGCCAUGGAGACUGCAGGAUCCUCCUCCCAGACUCAAGACCACAGUCGAGUUCAUGGGAAUACAGAAGAAACAGACCAUGGAGAGACAGAUUUCCACAAGCAAGAUGGGGAGGCCGGAACCUUUUCUCAAAAACAACAUAAGAGAGACAAGUCUUCCUCCUCCUCUUCCUCCUCUUCCUCUUCCUCCUCAUCAUCUUCCUCUGCCUCAGAGAGCGGUGAUGAGGACCAGCACCGCAGGGAGAUCAGAAAACGUCGGCAGAGCCAGGGGGAUAGACACCCCCACAGGGGCAGCUCACCCGAUGCUGAGCAUGGUGAGCCUGACAUUUCACUGAAUGAGCUUCAACUCUAUGGAGGUGCCCCUGGGGAGAUGGUGCCCUCUGGAGAAUCAGGACUCCGAAGGAGAGGCUCAGACCCAGCACCUGGAGAAAUGGAGGCCUCUCAGUUAAGAAGACUGAAUAUAAAGAAAGAUGAUGAGUUUUUCCACUUCGUCCUCCUCUGCUUUGCAAUUGGGGCCUUGCUGGUGUGUUAUCACUAUUACGCAGACUGGUUCAUGUCCCUUGGAGUUGGCCUUCUCACCUUUGCCUCCCUGGAGACCAUUGGCAUCUACUUCGGUCUAGUGUACCGGAUCCACAGCGUCCUGGGAGGCUUCAUCCCCCUCUUCCAGAAGCUCAGGCUGAUGGGGUUCAGGAAGACGAACUGAGGCCAGUGCCAGGAGGGCCGCCAAGCCAGGCCCCACUGUGACCACCAUGGCAUCCCCUGAGCACCGAGUGACAUUCUGGGAAGCACGUGGACAGGCCGAGCUAGAGCAAUAAAGAGAGCACUUUUCAUGCCAUGUGGUCUGAACAUUGGCACCGGGCCUGGCAGAGGUACCAUUUGGGCAGCCUUGGCAUGCAUUCCAGCUGCCAGGAUGGAGGCAGAGCGAGGGUGCGGGCACUGAGCCCUUCGUGGUGCCUGCAUCAGUGGGAAGACUCAGACAUCACUGCUCUCAGGAAGCAGUAGGAGAGCCCUGGGCCCUGUAGGCUGUGAUCUGUCUGGCCUCCUGGUUUCUCUCAAGUCCCCAGGCUAUCCCAUGUUCUCUCAGUUCCUACAGAGCCAUCCCAGGACACAUAGUCCACUGCCCUGAGACAGGGAAGCACCAUGUCAGGUCCCCUGGGUGAACCUGAUGUGGCUCAGAUGCGGGGACUCAAGCCACAGCAUCUGGGCUCUGUCGCCUAGUGCCAGCCCUGCAGCCCUGAACUCCUUCCAACGUUCAAAUAAA